GCAUCAAGUAUCUGUAUGGCCUUGGAGAAACAGGGUCCAGCUCUCUCUCUCUCUCUCUCUCUCUAAAACGCUCGAGUCUGCGUAGGUAGCAAGCGCAAAAACGCAAAGCAGUAGCAGAAAUGGCUGAGCCCAAAACCAAAUACGAUCGUCAGCUCAGGAUCUGGGGUGAACAGGGACAAGCAGCCCUUGAGAAAGCCAGCAUAUGUUUGCUCAAUUGCGGUCCUACUGGUUCCGAGACUCUGAAGAACCUUGUUCUUGGUGGGGUUGGAAGCAUCACUGUGAUUGAUGGGUCCAAGGUUGAGGUUGGCGACCUUGGAAAUAACUUUAUGGUGGAUGAAUCAAGUGUUGGGCAAUCGAAGGCGAAAUGUGUGUGUUCGUUUCUUCAGGAGCUGAAUGAUGCUGUUAAGGCCAAGUUUAUAGAAGAAUAUCCGGAGGCGUUGAUUGAGAUGAACCCCUCGUUUUUUUCUCAGUUUACAUUGGUAGUGGCUACUCAGCUGGGGGAAGACUCAAUGGUGAAGCUUGAUAGAAUCUGUAGGGAGGCAAAUGUGAUGUUGGUCUUUGCUCGCUCCUAUGGCCUUACUGGGUUUGUUCGAAUCAGUUUGAAGGAACAUACCGUGGUUGAGUCAAAGCCUGAUCAUUUUCUGGAUGACCUCCGGUUAAAUAACCCAUGGCCCGAGCUCAAGAGGUUUGCAGAAAGCAUUGAUUUAGAUGCGCAAGAUGUUGUGGUCCACAAGCACACACCAUAUGUAGUCAUUCUUGUCAAGGUGGCAGAGCAGUGGACCAAAAGUCAUGGUGGUAGCCUUCCGUCAACCAGGGAAGAGAAAAAAGAGUUCAAGGACCUUCUUAAAGCCAGGAUGAUUGCAAUGGAUGAAGAUAACUAUAAAGAAGCUAUUGAGGCCUCCUUCAAGGUCUUUGCUCGUCGAGGAAUUGGCCCAGAUUUGCAACAGAUACUUAAUGAUAGCAGUGCUGAAGUUGAUUCUAAUUCAUCAGAUUUUUGGGUGAUGGUGGCUGCUUUGAAGGAAUUCAUAGCAAAUGAAGGUGGUGGCGAGGCACCCCUUGAGGGAUCAAUACCUGAUAUGACAUCUUCAACUGAGCUUUACGUAAAUCUGCAGAAUAUUUACCAAGCAAAGGCGGAGGCUGAUAUUCUUGUUGUUGAGCAACGAGUUAGAAAUAUUCUGAAGAAAAUUGGUAAAGAUCCAAAUGGCAUCUCAAAGACAAGCCUAAAAGGCUUCUGUAGAAAUGCAAGAAAACUCAAAGUUUGCAGGUAUCGCUCCAUUAAGGAUGAGUUUAAUUCUCCAAUCUUACCAGAGUUACAGAAGUAUCUGACAGAUGAAGAUUACAGUGCAGCUGUUGGGUUCUAUAUUUUGCUUCGUGCUGUCGAUCGGUUUGCUGCUAAUUACAACAGUUUUCCUGGGCAAUUUGAUGGAGGGAUGGAUGAGGACAUUUCGCGAUUGAAGACUACAGCCGUUGGCCUCCUUAGCGACUUAGGUUGCAAUGGCUUAACUCUGACAGAGGAUCUUAUCAAUGAGAUGUGUCGAUUUGGUGCUUCGGAGCUCCAUGCGGUUGCUGCCUUCAUUGGAGGAAUUGCUUCACAAGAAGUGAUCAAGCUGAUAACAAGACAAUUUGUACCCAUGUCGGGAACUUUCAUCUUCAGUGGUAUUGAUCACAAGUCUCAGUUGUUGUCACUCUAGUAGUUUUAUGAUGCUUUCAAAAGACUGUUGUGAUUUUUGCUGGCAGGCCCCGCUCCCCCACCCACCGCCGGUAGGUGGAGCAGCAAAUUUAGUCUGUACGUACAGCUUUGGGACGCAUCUUAUAGAUGGGGGCAUUUUGUUAGGGAAGCACUCCUCACAUUGGUGAGAGGCAUGGUCUACUAGUUUCCGUGAUAUUGAAGCUUUGUGACCGACUUAAUCGAGAGGAGAGGGAGAGAGAGUGAGAGAGAAGGUACACUUGUUUGAAAUGGAAGUACUCACCUUAUUUUGGUCGAUAAACAUUGCCCCUACAUUAGAGAAUA